GGAUCAUCGCAAAUAUAUUCCUUCAUUUCGCACACUCUGCUCCGCACUCUCAUUUCUCACUUCCCUUAUUAAAUCGAACGAUUCACAAACCCUAGUUUUUGAGGAUGGGUCAGAUCCAGUACUCUGAGAAGUAUUUCGAUGACACCUACGAGUAUAGGCAUGUUGUUCUGCCUCCUGAAGUCGCUAAACUGCUUCCUAAGAAUCGGCUUCUCUCUGAAAAUGAGUGGCGUGCAAUUGGGGUUCAGCAGAGCCGUGGUUGGGUUCAUUAUGCAAUUCAUCGUCCUGAGCCACACAUAAUGCUUUUCAGGAGGCCUUUGAAUUAUCAGCAGCAGCAGGAAAGCCAGGCCCAGCAAAGCAUGCUUGUCAAAUGAUUACUUUCAAUUGAAAAUCUGAAAGUGGAGUACAAUAUUAUAUAUAGGUUUUAUAGUCUGUUGAUGUUAUGAGACCUAACUGUUGUGAAAUUCUCUAUUGUGGAUAGUUUUCAUGUGGUUUCAAUUGUCGUUUGAAUUUGCUAAAGACAUGAUGUUUCUUAGAUGUAUGUUGGUGUACUGGUGUACCUCUGGUGUACUCGUAUGCUUGGUGGAUUAUUAUGUUCAUUUUCAAUGU